UGUCCCCAGGGUACGCCAAACCAUGUCGGCCAGCAAAAAGAGGAAACGUCCGAAGGACAGCGAGGGUUUGAGCUCGGGCGGAUGCAAUGUGCCUCGUCCUAAAAUCGCCCAGCAGGUCACUGUGGAUGAGCAGCAGGUCACUGUGGAUGAGCAGCAGGUCACUCUGGAUGAGGUGGACUCGUACGGCAAAUAUGUCAGACUCCGCAAUACAGUUGAUGAGGAUCAGAAUUUGGGGAACUGGCAGGUGAAGCUCCAGAUUGGAUCUUCUGCUCCCAUCGUAUUCAAGUUUGCCGCAGAAUUCAUCCUGAAGGCCCACGAGAGUGUCACGAUCUGGGCGGCUGACGCUGGCCGAAACCACAAUCCUCCCUCUGAUCUAGUCUGGGAGACACAGUCCAACUGGGGACCCGUAGGCCAGGUCCACUUUACCUUGAUCAACGCCAACGGAGAGGAAAUAAGGAUGAGCAAAGCCACUGGCGCACGUUUGGAAGAUGAUGAUGGAAAUUCCACUUCCACCGUGGGAUAGAGGAAAUGGAAUUUCGGUUUCUUGUGUGUCUUGACAUAUGAAGGGAUUGACAAUAAAGCAGACUUUGACUUUUGACAUGGUCACAUUAUAAAAAUAUUGUAUAACAA